CACAACACAUUGAUACAACGAAAGGAGUAAUUUUAUAGCUCCCAAAGUAUCGAGAUGGGUCGUUCUACAGGCUCUGGGAAUAACUUUCUUCAAGUUGUGGCCAAUAACUUUGAUGUUCUUGCUUUACCUCUCGUCACUCUAGUCUUCCCCUUAUACGCUUCGAUUAGGGCGAUAGAGACCAAGUCUCGUACUGAUGAUCAGCAAUGGCUUACCUACUGGGUUCUGUAUUCUCUCAUAACACUCUUCGAGAUCACCUUCGCCAAAAUCCUCGAAUGCUUCCCGAUCUGGGCAUAUGGGAAGCUGAUCCUGACUUGUUGGCUGGUGCUGCCACAGUUCAAUGGGGCAGCCUAUGUUUACCGCCGCUUCAUCCGACCCUUUUACAUGAACCCACAGAUGAUGACUAAUAUUAAUAGUCAGCAGAUCUGGUAUUUCCCAAGAAGCAAGGAUAAGAAGAACAUCUUCAGCAAACCAGAUGAUGUUUUAACUGCCGCUGAGAAGUACAUGGAAGAACAUGGCACUGAAGCUUUUGAGAGGCUUAUCACCAAGACUGAUAGAGAAGCAAGAGCGAGAAGCAGGAGCAACAAUUACCUGAUCUUUGACGAUGAUUACAUGUAUUAGUUAAUCAAACAAUUAAUCCCUACUGAGGGAGUACGUGCACGUCUGCUUUGUCCUUGAUUAGUAUUUAGCUAUAUAUGAUUGUAAUCGCUCUAGCUAUGUAUCAUGUAAUGAAAUUUGAGUAUUAUUUUGGCUUUAAUUAAAUUAAUUAAGUCCCAUGUUCGGAGUAUAUCAUUAU